GUGAGAAGACUUUGCCACAUCACUAAAAAGAAACCGAUAUUUGGAAAACAUCAAUGGGCUUUACCGUCAUUUCCCUAAAAAGAGCCGCGACGAGACAGUCGUUGACGACGAUGACGGUUACGACGGCGUAAACGUUAUCGGUCGAAUGAAGAUGUAUCGCUCUCCUUUCUCCGUCUUACUCUCACUCUUCUUCCAUGCCCUUACUCUAGCCGUAGCUCUCGAUCCGUCGCAGCCUGACGAAUCCAACAUCACAGUAACACCUAUUCUACAGGAUGUGUUGAAAGAGAUAACGGUGAAGCAGAAGUGGAAUCUAGAGGAAGUUAGAUUUAAGAAAUUGGAAGUUAAGAAGCUUCGUAUUGGUAUUGGUCGGAGAUUUGAGAUCCGGAUCCGAUUAGGGAAGAGCCGAUUCGUUUUCAUCUUCCCGGAUGAAGUAACCGAUUGGAGAAGAAGCGGCGGAGGAAGAGAUGAGGAGUUGCAGGAGGUAGUUCGGGAAGUUAAUUCGACUAAGGUUCUUGAUCCUCUUGUAUUGAAAGGUCCAUUUGAGCUACGAGUCGACGGCGAUGACCGCCUCUCGCUUGAGUUGCCGAUGAACAUUUCACAUAGCGGUUUAAAACGAGUUCUUGUCAGUGAGGGUAUCUCAGUAGAAAUAAGGGAAGCUCAAGCAGUCUCUCUUUUCCACUCAUCCCAUCGAAGAUAUGCUGCUACUGUCGAUUCUGUUAAUAUUAAAGAAGAAAAUUCUUUAUUGUCGUUCCGGGGUUCUGUGUGCGUGCCAUUGCCUCCCAUACAAAUCGUAGGAUCAGCUUCAUUGGUUGCCUUUAGGACUCCGAAUGAUUCGCAAAUCAAGACUUCUUAUUUAUCCGAUGAGGCAAUCCAUUUACAUGCAGAUAAAUGUUAUUAUAAAGCACACACGUACAGGCAGCAUCGUUUCCCAACGGAUCUUCUUGGCUUGAAGAUUGACAAGUUGGAAAAAGUUCUGAGCUCUUUAGGGAAUGGAACCCGACAAACAGUAAGCUCUGUGACAGCGAAAUUGAAGGCAUCAGGCAUGGUACGGUUUCAGUUGGAGAUCGAGAGAAGUAUUGGGAGGAAUGAGAGUGUAAUAAACAAAAGAGUAGAGUGGAGAACAAAACCGAAGAUCGAACGGGUUUGGUUUGAAGUAACGGCGAAAAUUGAAGGGGAUAAGUUGAAAACAGUGGGGAUGAGAAAAGUGGUGCCUUUCAUUGAAGUGGAUACAGAAGCAUGGAGCAGUUUGAUGUCUAACAUGUCAUUCACUAAGUUUCCAUCAUUACUUGUUCCUCAAGAAGCUUUAACACUCGAUGUCAAAUGGUAGGCACGACACUUUUUGUAAUUAACUUUGUCUUUUGUUUUUGUUUCUCUCUCUUUACAUGUUUGAUAAUCUCCCAGAAAGGCAGAAACCACAAUGUAAUGAUGGAUUGUAUUUAAUCGCCCUUGUAUGUAUGUAUUUAUAUACUUCUGGUUCUAUAAAGGAUUAUUUAUCACGAAAAUUGGUGAAAGGAGUUGUGUUA